GCUGCGAGCAGCGAGGCCAACUCCCUACUUUCCCUUCAACCUAUCACUCUCUGUGAUUGCCUCGAGCAUCCAACACCCACUUACUUUCUGCUACGCGAUUAGCUCUCAUACACAAUAUGGACAAGAAAUGCGCCCGUUCCGUUGUGCCACCCAGCGUCGACCCUCCGGGUACCAAGUGCAAGCUCCACCGGCCUUUCGCAUUCUCAAGUCCUAGGCCGAGGUUUGAGCAGGUUGAAGGCUAUCUCACCGUCGCGGAACCCUUUCUCACACUACCCCGUCCACUUGUCCCAACUCGCCGAAUCGCAUGCAAGCCACCCCUCAUGCACUACGGCUGGCGAGUCCCACGAGACUUGCUCCUCGACUACGCACGACAGCAUAGGCUGACGAGGAAAUGGGGACGCGUGCUCGAAGAGUGCGAGUACAUGGAGCGAGCAAUGAUCGACAUCAACAAGAAGAGUGGUGCUGGCAUCCCCAGCGAUCUGCUCAAGUUGCAACCCACGUCGCUUGGAAGUCCGGAGGACUUCAGUUUAGUUGUGACACUAUACUCGAACUAUCAGUUGAAGCGGAGGGAUUUGCCAUCCGAGGAACAGUUCAAUGUUCUCCGUCAAGGUCUGGGCAUCGAAGGGCCACCCAGGUGGUACCUAGACGAUGAAGACUGGGUCUGGUCGCGAUGGUAAUGCUCGACGCCUCUCGCUAACGGCUCAUAUCAUGGUUCUAUACGGUGAGUCUCCUUCGCAACGAUACUUCGCCUCCGACGCUGAUCCCGACUUUUGACAUAACCCUCUCACGUCUCUUGGAGAUACCCGUGUUCGCUUUCGAAAUGCUCUCUUACUGUGACACCUCCGUACCAUGCCAGUUUGUUAUGCAUCCACUAGAUGAGUCCCAUGUAUUAUAGUCAUCGGAUUGCGUGUGCUUGUACCAUAAUCGAGACUGCGAGAGUCCUCGAAGUGGAUGUCUGGUCUUAUCGGCU